GUACCUACUUGAAUUUUAUUGUACAUCGAGGAAAGAGUUCCCUUAAAAUUUCCAAAACCAUUAUACAAAACAUAAGAAUGAUACGAACCAGGAGGUCGAAGAAAGCAAGGAGAGUUCCCAUGGAAGAGAUUGCUAAUUUCGACGAAGAUCCCGAAUUUCGAGCACUGCUGUUGGAUAUUAUGCGUGUUCUGGAAUCGAUUCCCGAAGCAGCUUGAUGCAAAAUCCAUCGGAAGGAAACGUUCGUUAGGGGUUUGUUGUAGUGUUACAUCAGAAACCAGACUUAAACACUAUCUUAAAUUAAAGUUUCAAUGUCCAAAAACGUUGCGUAUUUGUGCAGCUUUUUCGCUUUAUAGAGUACACUUAAAACGACUUUCGAUGUCGCCAUUAGCAGAGUUUUCUCGGUUUGGAAAAUUGUGUGCGAGAAGACGGAAAGAGACGGAGCAACUCUGCCGCCUGGCUGGAAGGUUAUAUAAUAACAGGCCAGUCGGUCGAUGGAGAGAAGCGACCCGAGUGGGCUGCCACUGCAUCUGCGACUGCAAAAUAGUUAGUGCAAUCAACCUGAAAUUGGAAUGCCAUGCAAUUGGAAUGCGUUACCAAAUAUUGAUGACAGUAAUAGCCGCCGCCGAGGGUUCCCAAGUUUCUGAGAGCAAGAAAUCACUUUACAUAAUCGUCACCAGUCAGUCAGCUGUUUAUUGGCCCCGGGAGAAGAGACCAGACCGAACCGAACUGAACAGACCGCUAAUAAAGUACCCCAAGCUACCAUGUUACGCAGACCCCAAGUUGGGUGAUAGAAAACGCCCCACCAAGUGGGACUUUUGGCCGCCGCCCCACUGAUUGCAGUUAUUUGGUUGGGAUUUGCUGUCUUCAGUCGCUUUUGGCGUAGGUGUGCGGCAGGCGCCACAAUUAAGUGGCGGUUUUGAAUACCCACGAGGCGUGUCCUUUCGAGGAGUGGCUGUCUGGAAGAUUUCCCAUUCAAGUGGGCUUGAAUCCUGCCUUGAUUUUGGCGAAAAGAAUGCAGCUAAGUGGGUCAAUCCUCAAUUGGGUAAUAGCAAAAACAAGAUAUACAAAAAUAUGUUUAAAUUAAAGUUUGCUAAGAUCUCCAAAGUUGAGUAAAAAUAUAUUCAAAGCAUUCAGAAGUACAUAUAAUGAAUGAGCUUUUAAAAAACAAUAUACGUCUCUUUAAAACGUGCUCUUUUUACGGAUACUAAAAUUUCACGUGUGUAUUCUUUAUAGCCCAGUUGAACUUUUCCGUUCUAUCAUUAAGCUGUCUAUUAAAAUAUAAUUUCGUUUGCUUAUGACUAUUAAGAGAUUGACCGUUCAAGGCUUUAACGCCAUAGAACAAAAGGUUCUUUAGCUCAGGGACAGCACUAAUCACCCGUUCGUUACCCUGGGAUAGAAGUUCGGAACAAUUGGGAGCAUAUUAAGGGCCAUUAAAGUGUAAGCACUAUACUAAAGACGCUCCCGAGCAAUUA